AUGAGCGAACACUAUCGAAACAGUCUGCGUUGGUGCAUAGGACUACACCGAAGUUUGUUGUCGUGGCCGCAGAAACGGCCAGGUUGCCAACGCACUGGGUUGCGGUCUCCAGUGACCGGGACGCACAAAGCACCGGUUACUGCUCACUGGAAAACGCGGGAUCAUGAACGUGCCGUAAAGCAUACUGCGUCUUUGUGGGCCGGCGGACAAAAACGGUUUCCCUGGCGCGGAGACUUUGACGUCUUGGCUCCAUGCGUGCCGCUACUUCGUUUUCCCAGUUCGAAACGACAGCUUGUAGCGAGUAGACACGACGAGGCUGGAAGCGAGCACGCCCCUGCGGACCAGCACAAGUGCGAGCACAUCGCCACCGUAUCGUUGGAAGGAGCGCUUGCAAAAGACCCUGUCUCCACGGGCGUCUAUGCCGCAGUGCAGGACCCGGAGCGCUCCACCAGCACAGAGCAUACGCAGCGUGCUCCCGCGUCACCGAGCGGCACGUCGCGGAAACGACCACGGAAUAUGACACCAUAUCGACCGGUGCGCUCAGAAGUGGACUACCGAGCACUCGUCGACGACGAGCUACCCCGUAUCGUCAAGGGGCUCGGUCUUGGGCCGACGGCAGUGCUCGCGCUGGAUCCGCAACAUCCUGGACCGACUGAACAAGCCAAAAAUGCAUACCUUUCGUGGCUAACCGCUGGGUAUCACGGCAGUAUGGAGUACAUGGCCCGGACGGAUCGCAUACGGCGGGCUUUGAACUACGAACAAAUCCUGCCUGGUGUUCGAGCGAUCGUUGUAACGACACUGUUCUACUGGCCGGGCAAGUCGGGGUUCACCGCACCCGCAGACGCCGCAACACCGAACCGAGGCACCGUCUCCUGCUACGCGUGGGGUCAGGACUACCACCGCACGCUGGGGCAAAAGCUGAAGCAGCUCGCAGAGGAGAUUCAUGCAUACGCAGGAGGUCAGGGGCGCUACUACGUGGACACCGGUGCUUUGCUGGAACGACAUAUCGGCGAAAGUGCUGGCCUGGGUUUUGUGGGAAAAAAUAGUCUGCUCAUUCAUCCGCAGCUCGGAAGUGGCUUCUUUCUUGGGGAGGUCCUAACGACGCUGCCGCUUCCGAGCAAACGGCCGGAUCUCUCUGGACGCGGUGGCUGCGGACGUUGUCGAAAAUGUCGGACGGCUUGUCCAACUGGAGCGAUUGUCGAAGACCGAGUUGUCGAUGCUCGACGAUGCAUCUCUUACUUGACGAUUGAACUGAAAGAUGCGAUUCCGGAAGAAUACCGCGAAGCGAUCGGCUCCCUCAUCUACGGCUGCGAUAUCUGCCAACAGGUAUGUCCCUGGAAUCAAUUCGACUGGGAGGGAUCACCUACGAGCCCGCUUUUCGGUGAGGUACCCCAGGAUGUCCGCGAACCGGAUCUCUUGGCGUUACUGGACCUGAACGAGGUUUCUUUUCAAGAACGAUUCAGGGAUUCACCGAUACGGCGGAUCGGCCUUGAGCGCCUCCAGCGGAACGUGCUUGUAGCGCUGGGUAAUGUGGGGAAUCCGCACCAGUCAAGAGCUCGUCUCGUUCGAUUUCUUGAGGAGAAUGAAAGCGAAUUACUGCGAGAACAUGCCCGUUGGGCGCUUGAUCGCAUUGAACGGCGAGAAAAAGCUGCUGCGCCUUUUGCAGGUUGA